GAAACAAUGGCGGUUCGGCAACGGACGGUGUGGCGCGUGCGGUGAUCCCUACAACUUGGAGGUGAAACCUAACGAAUAUCCGGGCACUUACUCGAGACAGAAGCCGGCGAGGACUCUCCUCCAGGGGGGCUUCAUGAACAUCACGAUCUACACGAAACCCAACAUGCUGGGCCACUUCGAGUUUAGACUGUGCCCCGAACAGGAUUCGCCCAAACUGACCGAUCUCCAGUCGUGUUUCGACAGAUACCCGUUGACGAUUCUAGAGACGAACUACAGUCAGUACUUCCCCGGGAGUAAAGGCGGAUUCUACGACAUGCACGUGGUGUUACCGAAACUCGUGUCGUGUGACCGGUGCGUUAUUCAGUGGAAAUACAUCACAGGUUACCGUCUGGGCUGGAAUCCCAACUCCUGCGGUCGAUGUCUUGGCUGCGGAGCGCAAGAAACGUACAUCAACUGUGCCGACGUCAGUAUCGUCAACAGCAUCGCAGCGCUGAGCCACGACCACAAUGACGAUAACGACUUCCAGCAUCACCACAACGUCAUAACGACAACUCCAAGGAACAACAAAGACGUCUUAAUAUUACCGAAAACUCCGUAUAUAGGCAUGUUCCACACGCAUCCCGCCAGUACCGAAACAACAGCGAUCACGACGUCUACGGCAGUCUCUACCACAUCACCAACUACGACGACGAUGAUGACAACUACAACAGCAACAACUACUACAGCAAAACCAACCACUACAACUACAACAACAGCGAAACCAACUACAACAACAACAAAACUAACUACAACAACAACUAUAAAAACAACAGCAAAACCGAUAACUAAUAAUUAUAAUAAAAUGUCAGCUACGUCAACGACAUUCCCCAGGCGACGGGCAUGUAAGAGUUUUUACCCAAACAUGACGUGCGAUGCUCGUGGUCUUCAGAAGUACGUGCCAGGAAUGAAGCUGUGGUGUUCCUAUCAGUGUUCCACUGGUACCUGCCCAUACCAGUAUUGUGAGUGUUUCUGCGUGUACCCGGACGGGGCGACGGUCUAUCUGCACGAACAGCGAAGGCCGAUAACUCCGAUGGGUAAGUUCGGCCAGGUGUCGGACACGUGUUACGGCCCCGUCGAUGCGUUUAAAGAUAAUCCCGGGAUGCCCGAGUGGUGCCAUUUAAACUGUCCAGGGCUGUCGUGCUUUAACAUCUGUGAACCAGUGGACUGUCAGAAAUAGGCAUC